GUCUUUCAUAGGACCCAAACAACAUGUACCGGAUAUACUGAGGGGAUGAAGUAAACAUUGGAAUUAUUUGCUUAUAUUUUUUCUUUUCAGUCUCUUCCAGACCCCUAAGAGUUGAUAAAAUGAACAACAUGUCCCCUGAGGUUGCACUGCACAGGAUCUCGCCUGAGUUGCGGCCCUUAUUGUGCAGUGUUGUGCGGAAUGGCAGAGUGGGACUUGACUCCACAAACUGCCUCCGUGUCACAGACCUUAAAACUGGGUGCACGUCUUUGACCCCUGGCCCUUGCUGUGAUCGCUUCAAACUUCACAUCCCCUAUGCUGGAGAAACCCUGAAAUGGGACAUCAUAUUCAAUGCACGCUAUCCAGAAUUGCCACCAGAUUUCAUUUUUGGAGAAGAUGCUGAGUUUCUGCCUGAACCUUCAGAACUACCACACCUUGUCCAGUGGGAUGCAGGGAACCCCGAAUGUUUGCUUCAGCUGGUGAAGGAGCUCAUCCAGCAGUAUCACAACUACCAGUGCCAGCGUCUGCGUGAGAGCUCCAGGCUGCUCUUCGAGUACGAUAGCCUACUGGAGGAUCCCAACUAUGGUCGCAGCAUGGAGAUUUAUGCUGGACGCAAGAACAGCUGGACAGGAGAGUUUUCAGCACGUUUCCUGCUCAAACUUCCCGUGGACUUCAGCAACAUCCCAGUCUACCUUCUCAAGGACACGGCUCUGGACCCUGGAGAGGACGUUGCUCUUCUCUCUGUCAGCUUUGAGGAUGCAGAGGCUACCCAGGUCUUUCCUAAACUCUACCUUUCCCCCAGCAUUGAACAUGCUCUGGGAGGCUCCUCUGCACUUCAUAUCCCAGCAUUCCCCAGUGGAGGAUGUCUCAUUGACUAUGUCCCUCAAGUGUGCCAGUUACUCACAAACAAGGUGCAGUAUGUGAUCCAAGGCUACCACAAGAGGAGAGAGUACAUCGCUGCCUUCCUCAGCCACUUUGGAACGGGUGUGGUGGAGUAUGACGCUGAAGGAUUCACAAAGCUCACUCUUCUUCUCAUGUGGAAAGACUUCUGCUUCCUUGUGCACGUGGAUCUCCCGCUGUACUUCCCCCGGGACCAGCCCACCCUCACUUUCCAGUCUGUGUACCACUUCACCAACAGUGGCCAGCUCUACUCCCAGGUUCAGAAGUCGUAUCCCUACAGCCCCCGCUGGGACGGUAAUGAGAUGGCAAAGAGGGCAAAGGCGUACUUCAAGAGUUUUAUCCCUCAGUUCCAAGAGGGAGCCUUUGCCAAUGGGAAACUCUAGUACUCUCCAGCUUAAUGACAUGCCUGGAGAGUUGCCUGUGGGAGUGAGUCUGUGAGUGUGUUUGUGCAUGUCCCUGUGUACCUGUAAAUGCACAGACUUAUAUUUGUGAGAUGUACUGAAAUACACCAGUACAGUGAGAAUGACAGUGUGUUUAUUGCACACAGACUCUGUGAAUUCCAUCAUAUGACCUUGAAAUGGUCGCCUCUUAGUGUAAAUUCACUUUUUAUUUUUUAUGUAGGUUUAGUUAGAAGCCACUUUGGUCUGGAUGUCGAGAAGAGGUCAUGCAGGCACUGAAGUAAGCUGCUGCGUAGAUCUUACAUGGAAAGAGUCACAAAAAAACUCUGAUAUCAGAGAAAAUUCAGCCAACAAAGAAUUGAUAUUGUAGCUUAUAAACAGCAAACAUGGAACAUUAUGGAAGCAGCCCUUAUGAGUAUAUUCUUGGUUGUUGCCAGCCAUAGACUGAAUUUUAUGGCUUAAAGUACCCUCCUGGUGUGAAAGCUGACAAAAAUGCUGAUAUCCACUGGUAGUAAAUAGAAGUCAAAAUUUGUACAAGUUUUAAAAAAUCAUUGAUUCAAAACCAGAUUAAACAUCUUUCCUGGAAGUUUGUUGUCUGUAUUGCUAAAGUCUUUAUUAUACUGCUGCAAGGUUAUCAAAAUUGACCUCUGCUUUCUCAGUAGUAUCUGUAACAUUGUCUUUAAAUAGCUUUGUGUGCUUGAUAUUUCCCUCUGUUCAAGGAAAUAUCGCCAAGAAAGCACAACAUCAUGUAAAGCAAGCUGUAGUCCACCCAGACAUCCCAUUCCUAGCAACAUAUUCCAGCUCUUCCAGGGGUAUUCCGAGGUAUUCCAAGGCCAGAUUAGAUAUAUAAUCCCUCCAGCAAGUCCUGGGUCUACCCUGGGGCCUCCAUCCAGUUGCCUAGAUCUGGAAGACCUUCCCAAGGGGCAUCAUGAUCUGAUGCCCAAACCACCUUAACUGCCUCUUUCUGAAGCAAAAGGGGCAGCUGCUCUACUCAUUUUGACCACUUGAACCCACAAUUUUUUUUCUUUUGGUCAUUACCCAAAGACCCACCCCCACCCCCACCCCCACCCCCACCUGGAGGAAGCAAUCCACCUUUUUUCUCCCAGAGAGCCUUGGCAUGGGACUUGGAGGUGCAGACCUUCAUGAUGUUUCCUUGAAUAAAGGAAUAUAUGAAGCACACAGAGAUAUUUAAAACAGACCAUACAAUAAUUACAGAGGAUAGCAAAGGUCAACUUUUGCAAACAACACUUAACAUCAAUCAGAAGUGCUAUGGAACAGAGGUAGUGGGUGGUGUUUAGACAAAAGAAGCUGUGAAUGGACACAAGCCCCGGGGCUAUCCUUUCAGUAAAAGUCACCUCUAUCUCCCACCAAAACAAAACCAAAAUGGUUAUGGCCAAUGCCAAAGUAAAGACAUUUGUUAACAGGCCAAUUCUUGAUGUCACGAUGGCUAAAUCCACAUCUUAUUUUCAGUCCAUGUUAACAAUCCCAGGAAAGGGCUUGGUUUGAAAAUGCCAGCAUGGAGUUGAAAAAGAACCUCAAUUCUUUAACAGGAGUGUGGUGAAACAACCUUUUCAUCAGUGUGUCACCCUUAACAAGGACUGGUGUUGUUCAGAUGUGUUAUACAACUUUAAGCAUUCAAACUCCAGAGGGACACACCCACAGCACUCCUUCCAGAGCUGCUAUUGGAUGGUAUGAAACGAUAUAAAAACAACUAAAUCAAUGCUGUGGGAACACUUCCAAACACGUUGUGUACUGUUUUACACCCUGUUCAUGUCAGUGUUGAAAUAUUUUCAUUAAGUUUGCCUUUUAUUACGUCUUUAUGUUGAAUUUGAGCAUCCAAAGCCUUGUGAAUUGACAGCACUGUAAGUUACUGAAGGAUAUGUUCUGUCCAAAUUUCUAUCCAGUAAAGAAGUCUCUUUCCUCUGA